CCAAGGUCGAGUACGAAGACGCCCUAGAAGAGCCCGACCCUACGGGAGGACCCGUGGCUGCCUCCAAGAAGCGAAACUGGGCGCCCCGUCCGCGCCCAAGAACGCAGCGGCAACCUCGCCAGUCCAGAGAAGCCGACUGACCAAACUCAAAGAUCCUGACACCCCGGAAGACGGCCAGUAAGCAGGGGACCAGGCCGGAUACCUGGCCUUUCUUUAGCCUAUCUGUCGGAGCCCAACGCUCUGCCCGCUCUAACGGCCUCUCCUCCCGGGGCAUGCGAGGGUCCGCCGGGAGAGCACGGACAAGUGGCACAGCUUCUUCCAAGUGCAGUUGUGGGUGGCUCUGAAAAGAGCCUUUGGAUAUGAUGGAACCUCGAGCCGAGCGCACACUUCUUAAGCCCGCUCCCCGCGGAUGCGGCGGGCCAGCUGGAUGUCUUUGGGCAUGAUGGUCACGCGCUUGGCGUGGAUAGCGCACAGGUUCGUGUCUUCAAACAGCCCCACCAGAUAGGCCUCGCUCGCCUCCUGCAGCGCCAUCACGGCCGAGCUCUGGAAGCGCAGAUCGGUCUUAAAGUCCUGCGCGAUCUCGCGCACCAGCCGCUGGAAGGGCAGCUUGCGGAUCAGCAGCUCGGUCGACUUCUGGUAGCGCCGGAUCUCCCGCAGGGCCACGGUGCCCGGCCGGUAGCGGUGCGGCUUCUUGACGCCGCCGGUGGCCGGCGCGCUCUUGCGGGCCGCCUUGGUGGCCAGCUGCUUUCGCGGGGCCUUGCCACCGGUCGACUUGCGGGCAGUCUGCUUUGUACGGGCCAUAGCGAACCGACACACGAGCUCACCGGCGCAGCGAUGCGCAAGGAGAGGAACCGGGGUCCGGCCCGCCGCAGCGGUCUUUAUAGGCACAGUCUCUUUCCCGAUUGGGCGGGACAAUAAUUGAAAGUCCCGCGCUGGCUGUCCAUUGGCUGUGACGUCAUCGGCCCUAGCGCCACUGAUUGGCUUGGGCGGAAUCCCCCCUACCCCCGCCCACCCGCCUCCCUUUCUACUUUCCGGUUUGCCAACGGUUUUCCCUGCCUUGCUUUUCCUUUCUUUCAGGGUGAGAGUCAGUUUUGAGCGUAACUGUGUCAGAAUGUUCCCCCUCAACCCUUCGCUCCCUUGGAACGCGCUACCCGCGAAACCCUCUUUCUACGCUUUCUAGCUCCCGAAUUGAACCUCAACCUUCUGUUUGGCCCCGCCGCCCCCGGAACGCCUUGUUGCCUUCUCAGAGCCCCCUAGCUUAGUUGGCAUGACGGAUCGUUGUGGGGUUUUUUGUUUUGUUUUGUUUCCGCCUUUCGGUGCUCUUCGGAUCGGAAAGUUAUCUGCGCACCCCUCCGGGCGCAAGAUUCCGCCUCCGAAUGCCUAAGUGGGUACCUGUAUCUCCGCUGCGAAGGCGCCUUUUUUUCCCCCUUUGAGACAGUCGACUCACUUAAGCCAAACCCCAGGUCCGCCACACUCCCGAAAACUGUCCGCUCCCCUAACCGACUGGGGUGAACGGGGCGUGUACGUGUGUGAGAGAGGGAACGUCCCCUUGGUACUAGACCUCAAGUGUUGGGCAAAGGCCUGGGGGACAACUAUACUAUAGAGUUGCUCACUAGGCAUCCGACUCCGAGUUAAGGCAUCGCGGGUCGCCUGACGGAGUACUUAGAACUGAGUCGACCCUGGCGCCCAAGAGGCUUGCUCCCUUCACCUGAGUUAAUUACCCUCCCGGAUUUACAACCCGUCGCCACCCACCCACGCAUAACACCGGUAAGGUACUCAAAGAUUCCAGAAGGUGGGUGAAUGGCACUCCCUCCCCCUCUGUACCCCUGGGCCGCACGUCUACUACUGAGAAAGCUGAAAUUGAGCAAACUAGGUGUUGGAACAACCCUUUUUAUUUGAAAAAGUGGGUGGCUCUGAAAAGAGCCUUUGAUUUCACAGGUGCCCCUUCGAGUAGGGGGCUUGAGAAGGCUUCCGGAGACCAGCCUCACUUGCCCUUCGCCUUGUGGUGACUCUCCGUCUUCUUGGGGAGCAACACGGCCUGGAUGUUCGGCAAAACGCCGCCCUGGGCGAUGGUGACUUUGCCCAACAGCUUGUUCAGUUCCUCGUCAUUACGAAUGGCCAGCUGCAGGUGACGAGGAAUGAUGCGCGUCUUCUUGUUGUCUCGGGCCGCGUUGCCCGCCAGCUCCAGGAUUUCAGCGGUCAGGUACUCGAGGACUGCCGCCAUGUAUACGGGCGCGCCGGCCCCCACCCGCUCGGCAUAGUUGCCUUUGCGCAGCAGGCGGUGCACUCGCCCCACUGGGAACUGCAGACCUGCGCGGGACGACCGCGACUUGGCUUUGGCACGGGUCUUACCUCCUUGUUUGCCACGACCAGACAUGACAGCCACUGGCAAUACAAACCGCUCUCGCUUGACGGCUAAUAAAUUCGCUCUCAACAGCGCCGCUUCACCCUUUUAUAGGCAGAACGGCGAUUGUCUACGGAACAAUUUGAUUGGAUAAAACACCUCUUUGUCCUGAUGACCAAUAGGAUAGCUCAACCAGAAUCCUCUCAUUUACAUAACCUCGUCCCCCUCGCAAGAGAGCCACUGAAAACUCGCGAAUCGCAACGCGGCGUAAUCCGAACCCUAAUUUGCGUACAGCCUCUAUAAGUACCGAGUCGCUUCCGGUAGCCUCGGUGCCGCUGCUGUGUUUGCGUUCGUGGUGGUCUUUGCAGCUCGUGCUUCCCGUUAUGCCUGAGCCGGCAAAAUCCGCCCCGGCGUCCAAGAAGGGCUCGAAGAAAGCUGUCACCAAAGCCCAGAAGAAGGACGGCAGGAAGCGCAAGCGCAGCCGCAAGGAGAGCUAUUCUAUCUACGUGUACAAGGUACUGAAGCAAGUGCACCCGGACACCGGCAUCUCGUCCAAGGCCAUGGGCAUCAUGAACUCGUUCGUCAACGACAUCUUCGAGCGCAUCGCGGGCGAAGCGUCGCGCCUGGCGCAUUACAACAAGCGCUCGACCAUCACCUCCCGGGAGAUCCAGACGGCCGUGCGCCUGCUGCUGCCCGGCGAGCUGGCCAAGCACGCCGUGUCCGAGGGCACCAAGGCGGUCACCAAGUACACCAGCUCCAAGUGAGUCCCUGCCGGGAUGCGGCGCUCGCACGAGUCGCCGAGCCGCUUGACUUUCCAAAGGCUCUUUUCAGAGCCACCCACCUUCUCAGUGGAAGAAGCUGUCAUGUUGUUUUACACGGGUUUUUUGUAGUUCUACUUUGCUUUUUGGUUUCCUCACCUAGUUAACGUUAAGAGCAUUCACAGUCGUUAAGUACAAACACAGCCAUUUCUUCCAGAUAAGUGACGGGGUGUUCUUACCUAGUUUGGGAGGACCUAAUGGCGUAUAAAUGUGCUGCGUUUUGUCAACUCUUGAAACGCUGUUUCAGUGAUGUUGCUUUUUAUGAACUUAUGUAUGCAAGGUAAAGUUCGAAUAUCAAAGGUGCGACCAAUGGUGUUCCCAAGUGGU